UGCCAACAAAACAAAAGCAAAUAAUACUACAAAAACAAAAUUCAAUUUAUCAUGUGACUAAUAUGCUGUUCCAUUAUCUUCACAUUCAUGUUCAUAUUCUUACUCACGGUCCCUGACUAUUUUCCUUUUCUACAUUUUCCUAAAUAUUUCCUUUUAUUCAUUCUUUUUAAAUUUAAUAAUUACGAGAGAGAGAGAGAGAGAGAGAGAGAGAGAGAGAGAGAUUAAGGGCAUGUUUGGGAAAUUUGGAAUGGAGGAAGUUCCAGGAGCGUUUGGCACAAGCGCCAGCUUCGCUCUCCGUUUGGGGCAAACCGUCUUUUCCUCUGCUUCCCUUCUCUUCAUGUGCUUGGACGUUGAUUUCUAUGCCUACACUGUUUUCUGCUAUUUGGUGACAGUCAUGGGGUUGGUAAUUCCGUGGAGCAUAACAUUGCUGGUCGUAGACGCAUACUCUGUGUUUAUAAAAUGUUUACCUCAUCAAAGAAGACUCAUAUUCAUGAUCCUUUUGGGUGACAUGGUUUUGUCAUAUCUCUCGCUAGCGGCAGCGUGUUCGACGGCCGGCGUCACAGAUCUCCUGCUGGAUGCGGACGGAUCCUAUUGUCCGCCAAAGUUGUGCAGCAGAUAUCAGUUGUCUGCUGCCAUGGCCUUCUUGUCCUGGUUUCUUUCUUCAGCUUCUUGUCUGUUCAACUUUUGGAUUUUUCCGUCUUUGUAGAUUAUUUUGCUGCCUGUUCAUAUGUUGUAUGCAAAUGAUAAGUUUAUUUUUUCUUUCAAGGGAAUAAAGUUGUGAUGAAUAUAGUCAAUAAUAAUGUAAUAAUUGCU